AUGAUCCCCCUCCUCAUCGGCGCCGUCGUCGUCCUCUCCCUCCUUUCCGUCGCAAUCAUCCUCACAGGCCCCACCACAGAGAACGACACCCUGCACGAGGCGCGGCAGCGUCUAAUGCGUGACGAGCAGCGUGUUGCCACCGCGCGCGAGCGGGUGCGGCAGGAGCGGCUGCUAGAGCUGGAGAGGCGGAAGGUGCAAGAGAAGGAGGCCGAGGUGCGGGCGUGGCAGGCAGAGCUAGCGGAGGCGGAGCGGCGGAGGAGGGCCGGUGAGGAGGUGAAGGCCCGGAAGGAGGCUCGGAGGGCGGAAGAGGAGGAGCGGCGCAAGAGGGAGGAGGAGGAGGCGGAGGAGGAGGAGGAGGCCCGGCGCAAGAUUGCGGAAGAGAAACAAGGGCUCGAGAGGAGGAGGCGGGGCGGAUGCUGGACAGACGAGCGAAGGAGCAGCAGGAGGCGAUAG